UGCGCUUGGUCCAGACGCAAAUCCCCGAUAGGUGGGCAACGAGUUGCGGGCGCAGCCGGUGGUGAAGUUCCAACAGAAGUAUCAACGUGACUGUGGCUGAUCGGACAGGACUUUUGAUUUUAGUGUAAAGUUGGAGAGUUUGCGUCUUUAAACACCUUUUUUUUUAACCCCCUCGAGAGUAUCUUACAUUUAAGAAAAACGGACGUUCAAUGUCUAAGAUGCCAGCGGUCAGGCUUGCUUCCUCCUCCCUGCUGCUCCUGGUGCUGAUGCAGUCCGGAGCGCUCUGCGCGCGGAGGUUCCGGGGUGGCCGCAACCCUCAGCCGCGGCGCGCGCCGCCUCCCCCCACGUACCGGGGCGACACCACCGAGAGCUUCCCGCUGGACUUCACCGCGGUGGAGGAGAACAUGGAUAACUUCAUGACACAAGUGAAGAACCUGGCGCAGUCCCUGUACCCGUGCUCGGCGCAGAAGCUCGACUACGACAUGAAGCUGAACUUUUUAGAGAACACGUCUGUCACCUGCAACGACGGGAGCUCCGCGGGGUACUACUUAAAAGAAUCUCGAGGCAGCAGACGGUGGUUGAUAUUCCUAGAGGGCGGCUGGUAUUGCUUCAACAAGGAGAACUGCGACAGCCGAUAUGACACCAUGAGGAGAUUGAUGAGCUCCUCCAAGUGGCCCCAGACGAAAACAGGCACUGGGAUCCUGUCUCCACUGCCUGAGGAAAACCCUCACUGGUGGAACGCCAACAUGGUGUUUAUUCCCUACUGCUCCAGUGACGUGUGGAGCGGCGCUGCAGCCAAAACGGAGCAGAGUGGUUAUGCCUUCAUGGGCUCACUGAUAAUUCAAGAGGUAGUGAAAGACUUGCUCAGCAAAGGUCUGGACACGGCCAAGGUCCUCCUGUUAGCAGGAAGCAGUGCGGGUGGCACCGGGGUGCUGCUGAACGUGGAUCGUGUGGCAGACCUGCUGGAGGGUCUGGGACAUACUGGGAUACAAGUGCGAGGGCUUUCCGACUCGGGCUGGUUCCUGGACAACAAGCAGUACCACUGCACGGACUGCGUGGACGCUGUCGGCUUCGCCCCCACCGAGACCAUCAAGAGAGGCAUCAAGUAUUGGGGAGGAAUGGUACCAGAGAAGUGCAAACAAAUUCAUGAAGGAGAAGAAUGGAACUGCUUCUUUGGUUACAGAGUUUUCCCAUCGAUAAAAAGCCCGGUGUUCGUGGUGCAGUGGCUGUUCGACGAGGCCCAGCUGACAGUGGACAACAUCCAGCUGACUGGGCAGCCCGUGCAGGAAGGCCAGUGGCGCUACAUCCAGAACCUGGGCAUUGAGCUGAGGAACACGCUCAAAGAUGUCCCGGCUAUGUUUGCUCCGGCAUGUCUGUCGCAUGAAGUUAUCACCAGGAACUAUUGGAUCGACGUGCAGGUCAAAGGCACCUCCUUGCCCCGGGCGCUGCACUGCUGGGACCGCAGCCUCCACGACAACAGGAACAACAAGGCCCCGCCCAAAGGCUGCCCCGUGCACCUGAUCGACAGCUGCCCGUGGCCCCACUGCAACCCCACCUGCCCCACCAUCCGGGACCAGUUCACCGGACAGGAGAUGAGCGUCAUUCAGUUCCUCAUGCACAUGGGCUUCGACGUGCAGAAGAUGGCCCAGCAGCAGGGCAUGGACCCCAGCAAGCUACUGGGCAUGCUCAGCAGCGGCAGCUAAAUUUAAAAGAAAGAAAGCAAGAAAGAAAGAAAGGACAAAGUAAAUCAAAGUCUCUCCAAGCUAAAACCGAGCAGAGCUGACUCUGCAUGCCUGAUACCUCUAACUACCAACCCCGCGAGACGACUCAGUGUAACUAUAGCCUAUUCCUGUCUGACCUCCUCUUUACUUUAGUUUAAACCUCAGUCAACACAGGGACUUCACAUUUCUGUCCCUUUUCUUCAUAACCGGUGACAAGUACAGGGGAAAACCUGCCAUCAUAGCAAAAACACAACUCUCUGCUAUUCUCCUUUAAAAUUACUCUUUUGCUUUGUGAAAGAAAAAACGUAAUAUCGCGAAUGAAUGUAAUCCAGUUUUAAGGAUGCUCAUUGAUGUUUCGUUUGGUUAUUUUCAUACCUCGGCAUAAAUUAGGAAAAAACAACCAAAAAACAAAUCCACAAUGGAGUAAAGUUGCUGUCUUUUUUUCUAAGUAGUCAAUAUACAUUAUACUAUUAAGGUGCAAUUUUGUAGAGACUGUGUUGUGAUUGAUCCUGCAGACGGCUCAACACAAACAGGCAGAAACCGACAAAUCGAGUAAAGAGAAAAGCACUGGAUCAGGAGGGAAUCUUUUGAUAUUUUCUACAAACUAAAGUAAAGAACAAUAGAGAAACAGCUGACACUCAAAACUCUCAUCAACUAGCAUAUAAGAGACAAGGCCAGCUGGAAUAAAACACUGUUAACUUAGUUAAGCUACUGAAGACACUAACAAAUGUCCACCUUUAGUCCUUGCUAAUAAGAAUAGCUAAAAACAAAUUCGAAACAAAACAGCGAUAGAAGACGAAUAGCAUGUCUAAUACUGACUGUGUUGGAGUCUAAUUGGUGAGUUUUAAUGUCUGUGAAGAUGCUCACGAUGCCCAGUUUAGUUGUAUUUUAAUAACUGAGUGCGGUGCUACAGUGGACUUUGGAAUGCUUUAUCAAAAAACACAAACACACACACACACACACACACACUCAAACACACACACACACACACCACAGUGCCAAUACUCCCAGUCUAUACCUCUCCUUCUUCAAGGCCACGUUAUCGUCAGAUGACUGUUGAAACCCGACUGGAGGGUUCUUCAUCAUAUCAGAUCUGUUAGGUCACCUCAGUAGUUCAGCAAUCCUCAAACCAAUGCAAUGAACAUUUAAAGGGAGACAAAUAUUGUGCUUUGUAUAUUUUUUUUUUGAGUAUUUGUAUAGGUUCUUUCGAGUGUUUCACUAUUGUAACUCCCUUCUUAUAUUUUAUAAUAGAGAUCACUUUUUAAUAUAAUGACAAUGUUGUAUGUAAUGAUGUCUUUAUAAAUGAUGUUUUUAAAGGACCUCUAUUUCGCAUCACAUCAGAAAAGGAAAAGUAUUACUAAUUGUAAUUUUAUUCUGUAACAUAUUUUUUAACAGAAAAAAAAAACUCAAGCUACAUUGGUAAUUUACAUAUUUAUUUUGUUAUGUAAAUCAUAUUUAUAAGUGCUAUUUUCACAGAGAAGUGAUUCUUUGUAAAUUGUAAAUACAUUGCUGUUUUAAUUCUCUUUGUGUUAAUUGCAUGUAUUUGUAUCAGAUCCAGAAGUAAAGACACAUUACAAGUA